GAUGUGUUGCUACUCACAUGUCGAUAGAAGAAGAAGAAGACGACUUCCUGAAACGAACUUUUACGAUGGUACAGACAGGUUACUUCCCUGAGACCGUCCCUGGCAAGCAAAUAGGGAUCCCUGUAUGUGCUCGUCCUGUUUUCUGAUCCUUCCUAUGACAUGAUGGACUACAGUGAAUUGGAGAUGAUGGUCACGGCAUCACGCAGCUCUUCCCUCGGGGAUGCCGUGUCUGGCAGACAACAGGGUUCGUUUAAUGAAGGUGACGAGCUCUACAUCCCUGAGCGAAGACCUUCUCUGGACCUGGGGCCGAGUCCAAUGGACACCAGCGACUGGCAUUAUGCGGACCAGGUCCUUUCUCCAGCUCAGAGCUACAGAUCAAUGACAAGUGAUGACAACUCAAUCAACAUAAGUCACGAAGAUGGAUCCCCCACAAGGGUUCAGCGAAACAGAGCAGACUCAUACUCUAGCUGCUACUCAUUGGACAGUGACGAUUGUGAAAAGAGAAUCCCCAAUGUUUUGAUCUCUCCAUUGCACAACAGGCUUGAACACAAAGAUGAUGCCGUUUCAGAGCUUUCUGAAACACCUGAAUUAAACCAAGACCCAAAUGAGAUUAGGCAUCCUUCCCUGACAGUGGCGUUCACUUUCAAGGCUAUUUGUAAAACCCUUGGGAGGCUGUCCGAGGAACACAUUAGGGGAUUCAAGAUGAUGCUGUGGAAGCGUUACCCAAAGUCAUUCAACACUCCUCCCCAAGGCUUGGACAUGGUGGACCUUGUGGACCGCAUGCUUGAGUGUUUCAACUUGGAGGUUUCCUUGCAGAUCACCAAAAACCUUCUUAAGGAAAUCGGCCAUAAUAGGAUCAUUGAUCAUCUCCAGACUUUGUGCAUCAGAAAUGAAGUACGUUAUAAUUUGAACGAGACUCUGAAGAGGAAAUACGGCGAAGUAUGUGAGGAGUCUGCCAUGCAGGGAGGGAGGAGACCCUUUGACGAUGUCUUUACCGAUCUCAACAUAACCUCAACCUGUGAUAAUGGCCCAAAUAUUGAACAUGAGGUCAUGACCAUAGAAAAGCUGGACAGCAACAAGAAAGCAGGGAAACUGCUUUCUACCAAGGAUAUUUUUAGCGCUGAAAGGCUGGAGCACUCACACUUAAGGUUUAUGCUGAUCACAGGAGUGGCAGGGUCAGGGAAGUCUAUGGCAGUCAGAAGGUUAAUCCUCGAUUGGAUUGAAGAGAGGUCUCACCAACACGUGUCCUUCUUGUUUCCGUUGCCGUUCAGAGAACUCAAAAGGUUUGAGAAUUCUAAGGUCUCCCUGUUGGAAAUAAUACAAACACUCUACCCAGAAACCAAGAAACUACGGGAUGAGGAUUAUAGAUGCAACGACUGCAUAAUAAUGUUUGUCUUUGACGGUCUGGACGAGUACAACGGGACGCUGGACUUUCAAAACACGUCAAUUCUCAGUGACAUCAAAGACCCCACCACCCUGAACGUCAUCGUGGUCAACCUCCUCAGAGAGAGGCUGCUCUACCGCAGCCUCUCUCUGGUCUUUUCUCGACCGCAAGUCAAUCACUGCAUUCCUUGGGAUACGUGUUAUGACGAGGUGGAUGUGCGUGGUUUCGGUGACCCUCAAAAGGACGAGUACUUCCAGAAGAGCUUUAAGGACCCAGAUCAAGCAGCUCGAGUUAUUGCGUACAUCAACUCCUCCCAAACCCUCCGCAUCAUGUGCCACCUGCCCUUGUUCUGCUCACUGGUGGCCGAUGAGUACAAGCACAUUUUUAGGGGACAGGCAACGUGGGCAGAGCCGCCCAGAAGCAUCACUUACAUGUACACAAAGCUGGUGCUUGCACUCCGACAGCAUCGCAUAUUUAGAGCUCCAGAUCGUAGCCUGGAGAAAGAGAGAGACUUCCUCACACAAGUUGGAAAGUUGGCCUUCAACAUGCUGGAACAAGGCCAGUAUAAGAUCGCAAAGCAUGACUGGAAAGAGGUUGGAAUCAACGACGUGGAGUUGGUGAUUAACAGUGGCCUGUGCACACAAUACAUCACAAAGCCACAUGUUUUGCAUCAGGUGAAAGUCAUCAGCUUUAUCCACCCCACCAUGCAAGAGUACCUGGCUGCCCUUUAUGUGUUUCUCACCUUUACAAACCAGGGGAAGAACAUUUAUGAGCAGCAGCUGAAAGACAGGUUCAAGGGGAUAUUCAAGGCGCACACGCCGAUGGAUCUGUACAAGAGCGCUCUGGACAGUAGCCUGCAGUGUGUCGAUGGCAAACUGGACAUUUUCUUGCGUUUCCUCCUUGGAAUGGCUCUUAAGAUCAACUUGGAACUCCUCCAGCCAUUCUGCACAUGUCCUGUAAAGUGGCCAACACUCACGGAAGAUGCUGCUGCCCUCAUCAGGAAGAAGAUCAGAGAAAACCAGCAUCCCGGCAGGAAUAGCAACUUGCAGCGCUGCCUAGAAGAGCUUAGUUUGUGAGCCUCAUAGACGGCAUCCAUUUGAGCCGACUCUUUUAAACAAUGAUCAAUGUGCAAUGUUCAUUUUGGUACAAAAUAGCUAUCAAGGCUGCCACGGAAAACUGUUUGACAUGCGCCUGACGGAGACACACGUUUCUCUCCUCUUCAACCAACAUAUGCACUAAUGGAGCUAAUUACUUAUAAAGUUACACCGAUGGACCAAAGAUGUUCAAAAAUGCAGAUAUAAUUUGUGUUAAAAUGGAUUUAGAUAAGGGGCCUUAUUUUGGGAGUUCAUUUUGUUCCUGUUUUUAUGCAAUCAAAUAUUUGUUGUGGGCAUUAAUAUUUCCUUGUGUGGCCAGCUUGUGCUUGAUAUGACUAUUGUUUUUUAGACACUAACGUUUUGGUAUGUAAUGUAAAUGCAGUAUUCCCAUCGAAGAGCUGUUAAUCCUAAAUUGCUAAAAAAAGUAACAAUACUCAAAUUACUCUGAUCACUGAAAGUACUGUUUGGUAAUAACCAUUGAAAAAAAAGUAGUACAUCGAACAAUAAAUCUCAAGUGAAACAACCA